AUGGCGGCGUCGGCGAACUCUUUCCUUGUCGGAAACAAUACUCAGGUCCCUACUCUAAAACCCAAAUCCACUUCUCAAUCUCUUCUCCACCUCAACAAACCAACCACCGUCAAUCUCGCCGGAAAAUCCAAGCCAGUCGCGGUUAAAUGCGUCGCCGCAACGACCCAUGUUCAAGACGGAGCUAGAUCCGGCUCCGUCGGAUCCCAAGAACGCGUCUUUAACUUCGCGGCGGGUCCGGCCACUUUGCCGGAGAACGUUCUCCUCAAAGCGCAGGCGGAUCUAUACAACUGGCGUGGAUCCGGCAUGAGUGUGAUGGAGAUGAGUCAUAGAGGGAAAGAGUUUCUCUCGAUUAUACAGAAAGCUGAAUCGGAUCUUCGGAAUCUACUGGAGAUUCCAUCGGAAUAUUCCGUUUUGUUCUUACAAGGAGGUGCAACGACUCAAUUCGCUGCUUUACCUCUCAAUCUCUGCAAGUCUGAAGAUACAGUCGAUUUCGUUGUUACUGGUUCGUGGGGAGACAAAGCUGUGAAAGAAGCGAAGAAAUAUUGCAAGACCAAUGUGAUUUGGUCUGGUAAAUCUGAGAAAUACACGAAAGUUCCAUGUUUUGAUGAGUUGGAGCAGAGUAUGCACGCCAAGUAUUUGCAUAUAUGCGCCAAUGAAACUAUCCAUGGUGUUGAAUUCAAAGAUUACCCUGUUCCUAAAAACCCUAAUGGGUUCUUGGUUGCUGAUAUGUCUUCUAACUUCUGUUCGAAACCAGUUGAUGUGUCAAAAUUCGGUGUGAUUUAUGGUGGUGCACAGAAGAAUGUUGGUCCUUCAGGUGUUACAAUUGUGAUCAUUCGUAAAGAUUUGAUUGGAAAUGCUCGAGAUAUCACUCCUGUGAUGCUUGAUUACAAGAUCCACGACGAAAACAGCUCGUUGUACAAUACGCCUCCUUGUUUUGGGAUUUACAUGUGUGGUCUUGUGUUUGAAGAUUUGUUGGAACAAGGUGGAUUGAAAGAAGUUGAGAAGAAGAAUCAGAGGAAAGCUGAUUUGCUUUACAAUGCCAUUGAAGAAAGCAAAGGCUUUUUCAAAUGUCCUGUUGAGAAAUCAGUGAGGUCUUUGAUGAAUGUGCCUUUCACAUUGGAGAAAUCUGAAUUAGAAGCCGAGUUCAUCAAAGAAGCCACGAAGGAGAAGAUGGUGCAGCUUAAAGGUCAUAGAUCAGUGGGAGGUAUGAGAGCUUCUAUUUACAAUGCAAUGCCUUUGGCUGGUGUUGAAAAGCUUGUUGCUUUCAUGAAAGAUUUCCAAGCAAAACAUGCUUGA